AUGGCUGACAGAUACUCGUUCUCGUUAACGACAUUUUCCCCCAGUGGCAAGUUGGUCCAGAUCGAAUACGCCCUCAACGCGGUGAAACAAGGUGUCACCACCAUUGGCAUCAAGCUGGGCAACGGGGUGGUGUUGGCGACGGAGAAAAAGGUCAACUCGCCGCUUGUCCGCACCGACCUCGCCACCACGCUGAAGGUGGAGCUUAUCACCCCUGAUAUCGGCAUGCUGUACUCGGGGAUGGGGCCUGAUUUUAGAGUGCUUGUUGACCGUGCCCGCAAGUUGGCUCACACCAAUUAUAAGCGCAUCUACAACGAGUACCCCCCGGUGAGAAUAUUGGUCCAGGAGAUCGCCAAAGUGAUGCAAGAACUGACCCAACUGGGGGGGAUCCGCCCCUUUGGCGUGUCGUUGCUUGUGGGCGGCUACGACCAACACAGCCAGGAGUUCCAGUUGUACCAAGUGGACCCGCUGGGGUCGUAUUUCCCGUGGAAGGCGACUGCCAUCGGCAAGACGCUGAACUCGGCGAAGACGUUCUUGGAAAAGCGGUGGACGGAAAACUUAGAGCUUGAAGAUGCUAUCCACGUCGCUCUCUUAGCGCUUAAGGAGCUGGUUGACGGCGAAUUGACGGGUGACAACUUGGACAUUUGUAUCGUCAGUGACCCUCAAGAGAACGCGUUGGGCUUUAAGGGGACCGACAUCGAAGGCCCCCGCUUCCGCAAGUUGUCGGCGGACGAAAUCAAUGAUAGAUUGGAUGCGUUGUAA